AUGGACGCGUCCUUGACCAUGGCGACGACCGUGACGGAGAACAUCACCGCCAACAUGGGUGAAGCAUGGGAUGCGAUGAAGGCGUACGCCGAGAGGGCGGAGAGCUGGUUGGACGAUCUAGAGAAUCCGGAGGGGUUUAUGGCGUCUUUCAAGGCGGACGUGUUGAAGGCGGUGACUGAGGCCACCCAGCAGUCGUUUGCUGCGUCCGGGUUAAACCUCAUGACCCAGGUGAUCGGCCAUCUGGCGCCUGGUCGGCAUGGGUCGUCGCCGUCGGACAACGAGGCCGACAAGAAGGGUGCGAAAAGGGCGGGCGGCGGAGAUGAUGCGUUGAGCUCGAAGCGGAGCAAGGGAGCCGAUGGGAGCCGCGGCGUCGGCCAGGUGGGUCCAGGCGGCUCGCGGAGCAAGGGAGCCGAUGGGAGCGGAGGUACGAGCGUGGUCGACCAGCUGAAGAAGAACGGGGCCAAGGUGAUAAGGACGCACAGCAAGGGCGAUGGAAUCAGGAGUGCGGAGGGGGGCCCUGUCGACCAGGUUGCCGCUCAAGAGGCUGGACCAACAGCCCCGCCAUUGGUCGCCGAGAAGCCGGCCAGUCUAGCGACCGCACCAACGGCGAUAGAUGGCGGCGCCAAAACCGUCAAGGGACCGUCCGUCGGAGUGGCGGGGACCACGUCGAUCCCCCGCAAACCCCCUGCGGCUUGCAGCGCGCCGGUCGCCCCGUCAGCCGCCAACAACGAUGGGCCGUCCCUUGCGGCUACUCCAGCACCAGCAGGCACGUCUGCCGCCAAGGUUGACGCGGUGGAUGCUGCGGCUAACCGCGCUGGUCCGUCCGCCCCAAAGGCGAACGCGCUCAGGGAGAUGCUCAGCCGCAUGGAGACCCAUCGACAGGACGUGCAGCAGCCUCCCGUGGUCGGCGCACGUACUGCGGCUACGCCAGCACGGGCUCAGCCGGUAUCCAGCUCAUGCGCGACGCCGACGUCGGUGACCGUAGCUGCACACACACUCGGUGCGGCUAUUGUCGAGGCGGUGGCGGAGAAGGGCGUGAGUGCAGCGCUAGCCACGGGCGGCAGAUCAGUUGACCCUGCACAGGCGGCGAAGGACCACAACGACGCCGAUAUCGCUGCCAUCCAGUACCUGUUGGAAGCGGUAAACCGCCCCAAGCAGCCCCCUGUGCUGGCCAUCUUGGACUCGGCGAGUCCCACCGGUUGUACAGCGGAGCCAAAGACGACCACUGCUGCGGUCGGCGCGGGAAAGUCGAAACGGAAGGGGACGGUCGACGCAAGGAAAGCGAGGCCGAGCUCGAAGAAGAAAACACGGGCGACGUCGGCGAUGGUGAAGUCGGUGGAGAAAGGACAGGGGAUGUCGACGGCGAUGGUGGAGAAGGAGAAGGAGGAGGAGAUGGAGGAGAAGAAGAAGGAGGAGGAGGAGGAGAAGGAGAAGGAGAAGGAGGAGAAGGAGAAGGAGAAGGAGAAGGAGGAGGAGGAGGAGAAGGUGGAGGAGGCGGAGGUGGGGGAGGAGGAGAAGGAGAAGGAGGAGGAGGAGGAGAAGGAGGAGAAGGAGGAGGAGGAGAAGAAGCUGGAGGAGGAGGAGGCGGCGACGGAGGAGGAGAAGGUGAAGGUGAAAGAACGGAAGGGUCAUGGCAUCCGCCACGACACCACGGGCGACAAGCAAGGGUGGGUGGGCGAGAUUAAGGUGGUCGGGAACGAGAGCAGAUACAUCGGCAAGUCCCGCGACAAGAUGGAGCUGGCGUACCUUCACUCGAUUGUGUACCUCCUGUACGACGGUUACGUCAGCAAGAUCCUCAUGGCCGAGCUCACCGGCUUGGAGGAAACAGUGAUGAAGCAGUGGAGGGCGGUGUGGAAGGAAGUCCGGUUCUUGCCGACUGGGAUGUGGACGGUGAUAUGGGCACGGGGCGCGUUCCUCCCAAAGACACGGUUCGAUGAUAUCCUCGGGAAGUAUCGAGCGUACAAGACAUCAAGCGAUGCGCACCACGAUGCGCUUUUGCCCGCGAUCUGGUUCCCCGUCGAUGCCGACACGAAGUCGGAUGCAAUGAUGUCGGCCAUGAUUGAUCGCGUGUCCAUGUGCGCGGCGUAUGGGAUGGUCGCUGCAUCCGCGGCGAGAAUGGAGGGCGACACGGAUCAGAAGACGGCGAAGGUUGCACAGGCGCUGUCGGCCUCCGCUUGCGCCCUGUGGUGCUUAGUCGAUGGCGACGGCGCCCAGGUGGCUGAUGCCGUCCGCGAAGGGAAGGCGGCGGCGAUGUUGGUUGGCGCCAGCGAGACUACCGCCGCCGAGUUCAAGAAGGUCAUGACGGCGGUGCUGGAGGUCGCGAUCAGCAGGCAACAACCCCUUGGGGAGGUUGCGCACAACGUCGCACCGGCGCUGGAGUCCACCGCUCUUGCCAAAGCCUAUCCGGGGUUGGAUGUUGAAGCCGAGGCCAAACUGAUCGCACGAGCGACGGUGGAAACCCUCGCGUUCUGGGGAAUGUGCCCCGUGGAUGGGCCGAAACUCAGGAAGAUCGGCAUCGCGGUGCCGCUUGACGCGCAGAUGGAGUACGACAUCGAACACAGGGGGAGGAAGAGGCCGAGGGGCAAGCAGGGCAAGGACAGCUCGGGGAAGAAGGGGAAGAAGGGCAGAGCGGGCAAGGACAGCACGGCGGCGUAG